AUGAAGUGCGAGCUGGAUCGGCCAAAUCGACACGACAGGGCGUAUGUGGGUGGCACCGAGGGUCGAUCGAUUGCCAGCAUGCUGUGUGGCCUGAUGGAAAUGCAUAAAAGGGCUGCUCCAUUGAACAAGUUGAGUCGGUCAAAAGACACCUUCUCCGCACAGCAAGCCCCUCCCCCCACACCCUACACGCCACCUAAACCCAUCCUUGAUCACUCCAUUCCUCCCUUCAAGAUGACGUUCAACAAGGCUUCCCUCCUCUCGGCUCUGGCUCUGGCCACUUCCGUGUAUGCGUCUCCCGCAGCCACUGGUUCCGCCGGCGGUCCCUGCGACAUCUACGCCUCCGGCAACACCCCCUGCGUCGCCGCUCACUCCACCACCCGUGCCCUCUACUCCUCCUACACCGGUCCGCUCUACUCCGUUGUCCGAUCUUCCGACAACUCGGUUCAGAACAUCUCCCCGCUCUCUGCUGGUUCUGUCGCCAACGCUGCCUCGCAAGACUCGUUCUGCUCCGGAACUUCGUGCUACAUCAAGGAAAUCUACGACCAGAGUGGUCGCGGAAACCACUUGACACUGGCCCCUGAUGGAGGAGCUGCUUCGGGCGACGGUCUCGCUUCCGCUACUGCAGCUCCUGUGACUCUCAACGGAAACAAGGUGUACGGUGUUUACGUUACGCCUAAGGUCGGCUACAGAAAUGACAACACGAAUGGUAUUGCCACUGGCAACGAUCCAGAGGGAAUGUACGCGGUUUUGGACGGUACACACUACAACGACCAGUGCUGUUUCGACUACGGCAAUGCUGAGACUUCCAACACUGACACUGGAAACGGACACAUGGAAGCUGUCUACUUCGGCGACAACACCUACUGGGGUUCUGGAGCAGGCAGCGGACCAUGGGUCAUGGCCGACCUAGAAAACGGCCUCUUCAGCGGCUACGAUCCCAAACAGAACACCAACGAUCCCGCGAUCAACUACCGCUUCGUCACCGGUAUCGUAAAAGGCGAUUCGAGCAACCUCUGGGCGAUUCGCGGCGGUAACUCUCAAAGUGGAGGUCUGAGCACCUACUACAGCGGUCAGAGACCGAGUGGGUACUAUCCGAUGAAGAAGGAGGGUGCGAUCAUCCUGGGUAUUGGUGGAGACAACAGUAACAGCGCCCAGGGUACGUUCUACGAGGGUGUGAUGACGAGCGGAUAUCCAGCCGACGCGACGGAGAACGCGGUCCAGGCGAACAUCGUCGCUGCUGGAUACAAGGCGUAA